AAAAAAAAAGAUAAACAAGAAAAAACUAAAACUUACGCCUCGUUCUUCUCCCUCUGUCUCUCUCUCUCUCUCUCUCUCUCUCUUCUGAGCUUAGCUCUAGCUUUCUUCCUCCCAUGGCAACUAUCUCUCAAGUCAUUAUCUAACUUUUCCUUUUAGUUCCUUUUUUCUCUUCCUAAAUCACUGCUUCUUCUUAUGGAUAUUGGUGUUCAUGUUCUUGGGUCGGUUACUAGUAAUGAAAACGGUUCACCGGGUCAAAAAGAACUCAAGGGAACUAAACAAGACAGAUCCGGUUUCAACGGUGAUGAUUACUUGCAACGAAGCUUGAAGCUAGCUAGAACAACUACUACUAGAGAUCAGGAAGAAGAGAACUUGUCUUCAUCUUUCUCAGCUGCUUACAGCAAAACGAUGCCGUUUCACCAAGGCAUUCCUCUGAUAAGAUCUGCUUCUCCUCUUUCCUCUGAUUCUCGCCGGCAAGAACAAAUGCUUAGCUUCUGUGAUAAACCAGAAGCUCUUGAUUUCAGUAAAUAUGUCGGUUUGGAUAGUAACAGUAAUAACAAGAGCUCUCCUCUCUCGCCGUUUCUUCCUCCACCUUCUUACAUUAGAACCUCAGGAGGAUAUGGUUCUGGUGGAAUGAUGAUGAACAUGAGCAUGCAAGGGAACUUCACAGGUGUUAAAGGUCCUUUCACAUUGACUCAAUGGGCUGAGUUAGAGCAACAAGCGUUGAUCUAUAAGUAUAUUACAGCCAAUGUCCCUGUUCCUUCUAGUUUGCUCAUCUCUAUCAAGAAGUCUUUUUAUCCUUAUGGAUCUUUGCCUCCUAGUUCUUUCGGAUGGGGAACUUUCCAUCUCGGUUUCGCAGGCGGUAACAUGGAUCCUGAACCAGGGAGAUGUCGUAGAACAGAUGGGAAGAAAUGGCGGUGCUCAAGAGACGCUGUUCCUGAUCAGAAAUACUGCGAAAGACACAUCAACAGAGGCCGUCAUCGUUCAAGAAAGCCUGUGGAAGUCCAAUCUGGCCAAACCGCCACUGCCACUGCAGCUUCCAAAGCGGUUACUACACCGCAACAGCCUGUGGUCGCUGGUAAUAGUAACAAGAGCAAUUCUCGUAGUAGUAACCGAAGCCUUGCCAUUGGAGGUCAAUAUAUCAAUCCUUCUACAGAGUCUCUACCUAACAACAGAGUUCGAAAUCCGCAAGGAGUUCCGAUAUAUCCUUCCACAGUCAAUUUGCAACCCAAGGAAGCUCCUGUUGUUCAUCAGAAACAAAGAAACAACCGCAACCCUUUUGAGUUUGGACACAUAUCUUCUGAUUCAUUACUCAACCCCAAUGCAAAUACCGAAAGAACCUAUGGAUCAUCGUACGUUGAUUUCAGCAGCAAUCAAGACAACCAUACAGGGAACCACAAUCACAAUUCUUGGCCUGAAGAGGUGAAAUCAGAUUGGACACAGCUUUCCAUGUCAAUUCCAAUCGCAUCAUCAUCUCCUUCUUCCUCACACAACAACAAUGCUCAAGACAAAACCACGCUCUCGCCUCUCAGGCUAUCGCGCGAGUUUGAUCUUUCGAUUCAGACCGAGGAAACAACAUUCGAGCCAGCUGCCAAAAAGGUGAAUACUUGGAUACCAAUCUCAUGGGGAAACUCCUUAGGAGGUCCUCUAGGUGAAGUACUAAACAGCACAACGAAUAGCCCAACAUUAGGAUCUUCUCCUACAGGGGUUUUGCAAAAGUCUACAUUUUGUUCACUCUCUAACAACAGCUCCGUGAGCAGCCCCAUCGCUGAGAACAACAGAAACAGUGGUGACUAUUUUCAUUACACAACAACCUGAAAACUCGAAACUAGUCCUGACGCGGAAACAAAACAAAAAAAAAAGCUCUGUUUUUUCUCUUUCUCUUAUGUUUCUCUGUUUUGUCUUCUAAGAGGAAAUUAGAAAAUCGUUGUUCUUCUGAUUCUUUCUACGUUUCCGAUUUCUCAAUCUGGAUUUGUUUGAUUGUUA